AUGGCAGCCAGCCCUCCCACCCCCCCGUCCCUUCUACCUACCCCCCACACUAGCAGCUGCGGGAGGGGAGAGGCAGGGCAAAGUGUGGUUCUCUGCUGGCGGGGUUCUCUGCUGGCGGGGUUCUCUGCUGGCGGGGUGCUGGUGCUGGCGGCUGGCGCUGGUGCUGAUUCUUGGUGCUGGCGGCUGGCGCUGGUGCUGGUUCCUGGUGCUGGCGCCUGGCGCUGGUGCUGGUUCCUGGUGCCUGGUGCUGGUGCCUGGUGCUUGGUGCUGAUGGGGCGCGCCGGCAUUCCGCCGCCACUCCCUUCCCCCGUUCCCUCCCCCCCCCACAGCGUUCCGCCGCCAAUCCCUUCCCCUCCUCCCUCUUCCCCCCACAGCGUUCCGCCGCCAAUCCCUUCCCCUCCUCCCUCUCCCCCCCACAGCGACCGCCGCUGCACACGCGAAUAG